GAAGCAGACUCUCUCUAGCCAUGGCAAGAACCAAGCAGACCGCCCGUAAAUCCACCGGAGGAAAGGCUCCCAGGAAGCAGCUGGCCACCAAGGCUGCUCGUAAGAGCGCCCCGGCCACCGGCGGCGUGAAGAAGCCCCAUCGUUACAGGCCCGGUACCGUGGCUCUGAGGGAGAUCCGCCGCUACCAGAAGUCCACCGAGCUGCUGAUCCGCAAGCUGCCCUUCCAGCGCCUGGUGAGGGAGAUCGCUCAGGACUUCAAGACCGACCUGCGCUUCCAGAGCUCCGCCGUCAUGGCUCUGCAGGAGUCCAGCGAGGCCUACCUGGUCGGCCUGUUCGAGGACACCAACCUGUGCGCCAUCCACGCCAAGAGGGUCACCAUCAUGCCCAAGGACAUCCAGCUGGCCCGCCGCAUCCGCGGAGAGAGGGCUUAGACUGACCUGAGACCAGAACACCGAAACACAACGGCUCUUUUAAGAGCCACACACACACACUUACAGAGCAACCCGUCCUGAAACACAUGUGUGCAAAUACUUUAUAAACACAUUGUCCCCCUUUCAUUAUUAAAGCAUGGUCCACAGUAACA